AUGUGGAUUUGGAGCCGCUAUGUAGACCCAUGCACUCGCACUGAUCACAUCGAAAAUGAAAUGAACCCCUGGGAUAUCCAAAUGGACUGCCUGGUAGAGGCAUAUUUAUACUACCGCCACUGCAGCUCGGAGGAUGGCAUGCCCAACUGCAAUGGAAUACCUGCACCUUCACCAUCCAAUGAUACUCAACGUGCUUUGGUCUAUCACGGUUACAUUGGAUGUGUGCCAGUGUAUCCAACCAUUGCUAUAUCUCUCUGUACCCUUGAUGCAUACCGCCAAAUGCACCGUGUGUGCCCUUCAUUCGGUUUUCAAGCGCAGUGCAGAGCUCUCUGUUUUCUUCAUGAUAUCCCUUAUAGGCCUUACCUCACCAUGCAAUUAUCUUCUGCCUUCAACAUCUAUUUGGAAAUUCUCCAACGUGUUGACCAAUGCCUUCGCACAGCCCUGAAACGUGAUACUCCGAACUGGUGUCUUCUAAACUCCUGCCCUGCAUGCUUUUACAAACUCAAUGAUGAGCCCAAACUUGAGUUUGAGUGGCUUGUAUCAGUUGAUGGCAACAACAGCCUGAAGAGAUGGGACUUGACAAUAUAUGGGACAAAUGCCCAACUUGAUUCCCAAAAGGCUCACUCUGACUUUUGGGUUGAUCCAGAGUCUGUGGACAAAUUCAGUGGCGAAGUCAGAUCACAAGCGGUAAGUGUUGACUAA